UCACCGUGACAGUUAACCUCAAAAUGUCAUCACAUUCCUGUCAUUUAAAAGGUGGCCGCCUAGAUUUCUCCCUCGUACAAACCGAAGCUCAAGACAACCUCAUUAGCCUCCUGAAAAAAUGCCCAGGUCCCAAAGCCAUAGUUUGGGACAACUCCCUCAUUGGUCCGGUCGAUCUCGUCGCCCAAAACAAAGUCCUGAAGGAACAUUCAGUCAUGAAAAUGUUCCCUCUGCAACCAGAACCGUUCCCUGAAGUCGACGUCGCCCACGUUAUAUUCAUAACACGUCCCAAGUUACACCUAAUGGACUACGUCGGCCAGAAUGUGCGAGCGGACGCCAGGACCAAAACCGAAAAACAAUAUCACGUGUUUUUUGUACCCAAGAAGAAUCUUUUGUGUAUAGAGAGACUAAAACACAUUGGGGUCUUCGACAGCAUUAAUCUCGUGGAGGAGUUUCGGUGUGAGUUGUUCCCUUUUGACGCAGAUGUAGUGUCAAUGGAAAUUUCAGACGUCUUCAAGGAGUACGCGCUUGAAAAUGACCCGACGUAUUUAUACCAAACCGCACAAGCUAUAAUUUCUUUGCAAAAAUUGUACGGCCCCAUUCCGAAAGUCUGGGGUAAGGGGGCUGCCGCACAGCAGGUGUGGGACGUCAUCACGCGUCUCCAGCGCGAAAAGAACAACAACGUGACCACCAAACCCAACCAAACUUCCACUAUAGAUCAGAUUCUCUUGAUAGAUCGGACUGUGGAUCUCAUCACGCCUUUGGCCACCCAGUUGACGUACGAAGGCCUGAUUGACGAAAUUUUCGGCAUCAACAACUCGACGGCGCACUUCCCCAUCGACAAUUUCCUGAGUAGCGAAGAACGCACGUCUGAGUCGUUGUCGGAAGAUAAAAAACAAAUUAUUUUGAAUUCGGCCGAUAAGUUAUUUGCUGACAUCAGAGACAAGAAUUUUAAUGCAGUGGGCGCUUUUUUGUCCAAACAAGCCAAAACUAUAAGUACUCAGUUGGACAAUACACAGGAAAGGUCAGUGCAAGAAAUGAAGUUGUACGUGCAAAAACUGCCACAGAUUUUGGUAAAAAAGAAAGCUCUGUCACAUCAUACAGCCAUCGCGGAGUGUAUUAAAGAAGUGACUGACAGUUACGAUUUUUUGGACACUUUACAGACUGAACAGGGAUUUUUAAAUUGCAUUGAAGAUGAUAAAGCAAGUCCUUACAUUGAGGAUUUGAUAGCACAAGAAAAGCCGUUAGUGAAAGUCUUGAGACUGAUUUGUUUGCAGUGUAUCACCAGCUCGAAGCUGAAGCCUAAAGUGCUGGAGCACUACAAGGAGGAAUUAGUACAGGUUUACGGCAUCCAAGUUCUUCAAGCUAUAACCAAAUUGGAAAAAGUGGGGCUGCUUAAAGCCCAGUCUCCCACUUGCCAAUAUGCAAAUCUACGCAAAGCGCUUUGCCUCACCAUGGAAGACACCUCUGAAAUUAACCCAACUGACAUCAGCUACGUUCACAGUUUUUAUGCCCCUCUGAGUGUGCGUUUAGCCCAUAAAGUGACGAAAACUGGGGGCUCCAAGCUACUAAAAAAGGUUUUGAAGUUGCUGCCGGGCCCAACGUUGAACGAGUCUCCUGCGGUUCCCAAAACUUUGGCUAAAAGCGACCCAGACGCCCCACAAGUUGUUCUAGUUUUCUUCAUAGGGGGCUGCACUUUCGCAGAGAUCUCAGCGCUGAGGUUCUUGUCACAACAAGAGGACACAAAUGUGGAGUUUGUCAUUGCUACCACUAAACUCAUAAAUGGGACAAGUUUUCUCGAAUCCAUUAUAGGGCUGUGAUAAUUUCUAGUAAAAUAUGUAAGGUUGAUUAGUGAGGUUAGGUUUGCGUGACAUGCGCAAAGAUAUUGUAUUGCUAGAUGUUCCACGUGCUCGUUCUUAUGUGACUUCUAGGGAUAAGCGUUUCUGUGAUGAGCCAGUGGCGUACCUAAACGUUUUUAUUUGUAGGUUUUACAGUAUUCCAGUAGCCCAGGUAAAUCACCGGCUCUUUUUAAAUUUAUACAAAUAAUAAUUACCCAAAAAUUGAAUACCGUGAACACAACAAAUCGACUUUCUCAAAAAAACAAGUAUACAUUGAAGUCUGAAUGGAAAUAGCUGAAACUACGUCGUCAAAUGUCAUUGAAAACCCAUCAUUCAGUAUAAUUAAUUUAUUGUAUUUAUUUUUGUACCAGUCAAAUUGAAACUGUUCACGAUGUGCAUAAUCAGUUUAAAUAAAAUGAUGAUGUUUUA